CUAAACAUUGUGCUCAAAUAGUUGUGUCAACGCAAGACUUCAUCUCACAUUGAAUCCUUCGUCCAUUCCAAAACUUCCCAACCCAUCAUCCAAAAAUGACGAAACUGAUUGAAUUGUUGCCAAAAGAAUAUGGCUUUGUUGUGAUAAUUCUCGUUCUCUAUUGCUUUCUCAAUUUCUACAUUACCUUUCAUGUUGGCAAAGCUCGCAAGAAGUACAACGUCUUUUAUCCAACCCUUUAUGCUUCUGAAUCUGAAAACAAAGAUGCCAAGCUCUUCAACUGCGUUCAGAGAGGACACCAAAACUCUCUGGAAACAAUGCCAAUAUUCUUCAUGCUCAUGAUUUUGGGAGGGUUUAAGCAUCCCUCCAUUUGUGCUGUCCUUGGAAUAGUUUACACUGUUGCUAGAUAUUUCUACUUCACAGGCUAUGCCACUGGCGAACCUAAGAACCGUAUCAAACUCGGGGGAUUUUUUAUGCCGGCGCUACUGGGGCUUAUGUUGUGCACACUUUCAUGUGGAUGGAGUCUUCUAAAUCAGCCCGCUAGCCACUGAUUUGUAUUGUUCUCUGUUUUGUUCUACUACUAUUUUGAUAAUAUGGGGUUUAGUGAGUUAUUAAAUAACAUAGACUAAGGAUUGCAAAUGAAUAAUGCAGAUUCAAAAUUGUUGUGUGUGAUAUGGAUAUUUUUUGUGAACUUGUCUAUUCUUCAACCAGAUAGUUUGAUCUAUAUGGACAUAGUUUUGGAAGAGUUGGUAAUGUAGUUCUCCUGCAAAAAAUUGAAUCUAGUUCUAUUUGUGGAGUUUCCCCAAUGAAA